AUGACAACUGUGGCCCUAAAAAAUGUGCAAACGUUGGCUGAGGCAAACUGGGCGAAACUUACCAAUUUGUUAGCGUCAAAAAUUUCGCUGUGGCAGGGUGAUAUAACAAAACUUGAGAUAGAUGCAAUUGUCAACGCAGCGAACCGGUCAUUAAGAGGAGGAGGAGGCGUGGAUGGUGCUAUUCAUAGAGCUGCCGGUCCAGAACUCGCAGAAGAGUGUGUCAAGAGAUAUCGUCACUGCGCCACAGGUGAUGCAGUGAUUACAAGUGCUUGUCGAAUGCAGAAUGUCAAAAAUAUAAUACACACUGUUGGUCCCCAGGCUCAUCAAGGGGUUAAUGCAGCCAUACAGGAGCAGUUUGUUUCAUGCUACAGGAAGUCUCUUGAAGUGGCGACUCAAAAUAACGUCCGAACAAUAGCGUUUCCAUGUAUUUCAACUGGUGUUUAUUGUUACCCUAAUGAUGAAGCAUGCCAAUUAGCUAUCGAGACGGUGAAGAAGUUUUUACAAAAAAAGGAUAACUACGAAAAGAUUGAUCGAGUCGUCUUCUGCGUUUUCCUCGACGUUGAUUAUCAACUUUAUAAACUUCACCUCCCAAAAAUUCUGGCAGACGUAACUAUUGAAGAAUAA